CAAAUCCUAGAGGAUAAGAAAACGGCUGAGCAGCAGCUCCAUCUUCUUGUUAGUCUCUCUACUGCUGAUUGCAGCGAGCGAGCGAGCGAGCGACUAAUGUAUGGUAUUGCUAUGCUUCUGAAUCUGUACAUAUAGAGACAGACAGAGAUGUCAAUCUUAUCAUCUUCAUCAUCAUUGUCAGUUGGGUACUGCGAUGCCCAGAAACACGCCAAUGUCUCUUCCUCUUCCUCUUCCUCGUCUUUAAUAUGUUGUUCAUUUCUCACCCCACUAUCUCUUCCGCACCCCAAAAACAAGAAGAAGAAGAAGAAGAAGAAGCCCUUCGGAGCUAACAACCUCUUUGAUGACAUUGCCAUGGGCUUCCAAGCAAAAGCUAGGUAUCCUAUCAGCUUCCGCGCACAAUAUAUGUUAUCACAUUCAACAUCAACAGGAACAGCUAACUUGCUUGAUAUGGAGGAGCUCAGAUUACCUUCUUUAGAAGUUAAUUCUGAUUCUUUGAUUGCAAAUCGACCAUGGACAUACAUCGGCCCUCCUCCCACUGAGGCAAACUAUGGGGCAGCUUUAGCUACUGAAACACUUCUUACAAGUGAAGAGGCUGUAAUAGCAGCUGCUGCCGCUGAAGCUGUUGCUCUUGCAAAAGCGGCUCUGAAGGUUGCAAAGGAUGUGGCUUUGCUGGUUAGCAAUAAUCACUACACUAAAGCAGAAAGUUUAUCUCCAGUUUCUCGUGGGACCAAUGCCUUUCAUAUCAACUGGGCUCAGCAUCUGGAAACUGAACAAACUCUUAGAAUUGGAGAUUCCAUGGCAUCUGAAACUGCACUGAUGGAGGAUCAUUUCAUUCAAAUUGCCAUAAAAGAGUCUGAAGAUGUGGAGCCAGCAAAUGAAGAAUUUGAACUUCUGCAGGAGCAACUUUCCAACGGUAUAGCUGCGAGAUCAAGGCGCCAAACGGAAAGGAAGGCAAGAAGAGCCAGAGCAGCAGAAAAGGCUGCUGCCAGUGUUGUGUCCGUGAAGUCUGGUUCAACCAGCCGAAAAAAGCGUGCUUCUUUACAAGACGUAGACCAUUCUGAUCCAUUGCGUUACUUGAGAACAACUACCCAUACUUCUAGACUUCUUACUGCAACUGAAGAAAUUGAACUAUCAGAAGGAAUACAGGAACUUCUAAAACUGGAAAAGCUCCAGGAGGAUCUUGCACAAAGAUGCGGCACUCAGCCCACCUUUGCACAAUGGGCUGCAGCAGCAGGAGUUGAUCAGAAGACAUUAAGGAAGCGGGUAAACUAUGGUAUCAUGUGCAAAGACAAAAUGAUUAAGAGCAACAUACGGCUUGUUAUAUCAAUUGCAAAAAAUUAUCAGGGAGCUGGGAUGAAUCUUCAAGAUCUCGUGCAGGAAGGAUGUCGUGGCCUUGUAAGAGGUGCAGAAAAAUUUGAUGCUUCAAAGGGUUUUAAGUUCUCAACCUAUGCUCACUGGUGGAUUAAACAGGCUGUUCGAAAGUCUCUUUCUGAUCAAUCGAGGACAAUUCGUUUACCAUUUCACAUGGUGGAGGCAACUUAUAGAGUGAGAGAGGCUAAAAAGCAAUUGUAUAGUGUAAACGGAAGACAUCCUAAUGAUGAAGAAGUUGCAGAGGCAACAGGGCUAUCGAUGAAGAGGCUUGCUGCUGUCUUACUGACUCCAAAAGCUCCUAGAUCGCUGGAGCAGAAAAUUGGAAUCAACCAGAAUCUUAAACCUUCGGAUGUAAUUGCAGAUCCUGACGCAGAAACUGCUGAAGACCUGUUGAUGAAAAAGUUCAUGAGACAGGAUUUGGAGAAGGUACUGGAUAGUCUCAAUCCAAGAGAGAAGCAGGUGAUCAGAUGGAGGUUUGGAAUGGAGGAUGGGAGGAUGAAGACAUUGCAAGAGAUAGGGGAGCUGAUGGGUGUUAGUAGAGAGAGAAUUAGACAAAUUGAGUCAUGUGCGUUCCGAAAGCUGAAGAACAAGAAAAGAACUAAACAUUUGCAGCAGUAUGUGCUUUCAUAGGCUGAUGGAGAUUAAAGUGCAUAACUAGCAGAUGGCUAUUGAACACCAAUUUACGCCAUUGAUCGUUGAAACUGACUGCAAGGAUUUGGCAUUGGCGAUUAAUGGAUCCUCCUUAGAUCAUUCUGAAUUGGGUUUUUAGCUUCAUGAUUUAAGAGACUUGCUGCACGAAGCUUUGGCAGCUAGAGUGGUUUUUGGUGGACGGACAGCUAAUCAGGUGGCUCAUAUUUUGGCUCAGGAAGCCAAGUUAGACCAGUUUGUGUUAGACUUCUUUACUUCUAUUCCUCCAAACGUGGAGGCCAAUAUAAUCUCUUUUUUUUUUGAGUAAAAUGAGGUCAACCUUUAUUGAA